AUGUCACAAGGAAGCGCUUUCGUCCAGAGUGUGCAGUGCGCACUCCGCAGUAAAUUCACGGUGUUGCACACUUCUGCGACACAUAGCGCCUAUCCUAGGCACCUCAGUGACGCAAAUUCGUGCCGAACUAGUCAAAACAAGUCUUUUGCCCUGAAAGCGCGGCGCCGUCCGCUAUCUAUCGCGUACGUCAACGCGCAGCUGACCAUGAGCACAACGACAGGCAGCGCACAACCAACGACAGUCGCAGAAAACGGCACAGCGGUUUUUCGAAAGCUCCAGGAUCCGGAGCAGGAGCUCCUGAACUCGACCUCAGUAUUUCUCUUUGACUGUGAUGGUGUUAUUUGGCUUGGCGAUAAGCUGAUCGCAGGAGUGCCGGAAACCCUCGACUACUUGCGCAGCAUUGGCAAGCGCUGCUUCUUCGUAACGAACAACUCCACCAAAUCCCGGGCAGGCUAUGUGAAGAAGUUUACCUCCUUGGGGCUUAAAAUUAGUCCCGAAGAGAUUUUCUCGUCAUCCUUUGCUGCAGCGGCAUACUUGGAAUCGAAAAACUUCAAGGCCACCGGCAAGAAGGUGUAUAUCAUCGGCGAAGUCGGGAUUGAGGAGGAACUUGAUUUACUGGGGAUUCCACAUAUCGGAGGUCCUGCCGACAAGGACAAGCAGCCGCGUAUGGGCCCCGGCGAUAAACUCGAGGUUGACCCCAUGGUCGGCGCCGUCGUGGUCGGGUUCGAUCGCUACUUUAACUAUUACAAAGCGCAGUACGCCAAUGUAUGCAUUCGAGAGCUCAAAGCUGAAUUUAUAGCGACGAACACGGACGCUGUGACGCAUCUCACAGAUGCACAGGAGUGGGCAGGAAACGGCACCAUGGUUGGCGCUAUCCGUGGCUGCACGCAGGUGGAGCCGACCGUCGUCGGCAAACCGAGCCCACUUAUGAUUGACUAUCUGGCAAACAAAUUCCACAUUCCAAAAAGUGAGAUUUGCGUUGUUGGCGAUCGCCUUGAUACGGAUGUGCUGUUCGGGAAGCGCAACGGUACCAGAGCAGUUCUGUGUUUGAGUGGUGUCACCACGAAGGAACGUCUCUUCAGCCAGGAUGAGGUCAUCCCAGACUUUUACUGUGAGAGUAUCGCGGAUUUCAGGCCGAGAUAG